AUGGCAGAAGAUGCCAAGAGAUUUAUUAAUUCACCUCACCCCGAAGGUUACUCCUUAGCUAGACAGGAACAGUACAAACAGUAUCUUCGGAAAUUGCAACAUAAUUUUAUAGACUCAUGGAAUGAGAAGGUAGAAUGUAACGCAACGUUAGGUGAUUUUGAAAAACUUAAAGUUCUCGGCACCGGAGCUUUUGGAGUAGUCUAUCUCGCAAAAUACACAAGAACCGGUAAAUAUUACGCCAUGAAAACGAUGGAAAAAGAUAAAAUAGUUAAAUUAAAACAAAUAGAGCAUAGCUAUUACGAGAAGAAAAUCCUCUGCGGUCUAAACUUCCCAUUUGUUGUUUUCAUGAAGUAUUUCUUCAAAGACAACGUCUAUUUGUAUUAUAUACUUCCGUUUGUGGCUGGAGGUGAAAUGUUUUCCCACUUAAGGAAACUCGGCAAGUUUGACGAAUCUACUUCGAAGUUUUAUGGUGCUCAAGUAGUGUUAGCGCUGGAGUAUUUGCAUGCCUGCGAAUUGGUGUACCGUGACUUGAAACCAGAGAAUAUUCUCAUCGAAAGAACCGGUUACAUAAAGAUCACAGACUUUGGUUUCUGUAAACUUGUGCGUGGAAGAACUUGGACCCUUUGCGGAACGCCUGAAUAUCUCGCACCCGAGGUCAUUCUUAGUAAAGGUUACGGUAUGUCAGUGGAUUGGUGGUCGCUCGGUAUACUGCUAUUUGAAAUGAGCGCUGGGUACCCACCAUUUUACGCAUCCGAUCCGAUGAGAAUUUAUGAAAAGAUCGUUUCUGGGAAGUACCGAUGCCCUAGUCAUUUUACGCCGGAGCUCAAAGAUCUUCUCUCGCACAUCCUGCAAGUGGAUCUAACAAAGCGCUUUGGAAAUCUUAAGGACGGUGCUCUUGAUUUUAAAAAUCAUAAAUGGUUUCGUGAAAUCGACUGGGAUAGCCUACUGAAUAGUAGAUUACAAGCCCCAUUUAUACCCAAAAUUCGGUCUCCUGGAGAUACGUCAUACUUCGAGAAUUACGAAGAUGAGAAAGUGAAAGAAAGUCCCGUGUGUCUAUACGAAGAAGAAUUCGCUGACUUUUAA